AUGUAUAUACGUCUACAGGAAUAUAUAGGCACGUAUUUUUCUCUAUCUCUUCUUGCCUCUCUCUCACACUCUCUUGCCUCUCCCUCUCUCCUUCUCUUUCUCCCCUGCCUCUCUCUCACACUCUCUUGCCUCUCCCUCUCUCCUUCUCUCUCUCUCCCCUGCCUCACUCUCAUUCUCUCUCUUGCCUCUCUUUCUCUCCCCUCUGUCUUUUGCCUCUCUCUUUACUCUCUCUUGCCUCUCUCCUUUUCUCUCUUACCUCCGUCUCUCUUGCCUCUCUCUUCUCUCUCUUGUCUCUCUCCUUCUCUCUUUUACCUCUGUCUCUCUUGCUUCACUCUUUCUCUCUCUCUUGCCUCUCUUUCCUUCUCUCUCUCCUCCUCUCUCCCUCUCUCUCUCUCUUGUCCCUCGCUACCUCUCAUGCUCGACGCUGUUUCCUUUCUUUUCCUUUCUUCUUUCUCCUAUUUUCUCUCUUCAUGUCUCUCUGCUUCCUCUCUUUCUUUUUUCAUCCAACCCCUCCUUCACUGUUUCUCACGCUCGUUCUUUCUCACCCACCGCUUAGUUUGUGCGCCUCUCCUUUUCCUUUCUCUCACAUCUCUCUUUCCUUCUGCCUUCAUUUUUUUUUGUCCUAUUUUCCUUGUCCGCUUUAUGUCUCUCCGCUUCCACAACAGGAAGCGGAGAGAGAUUAAGAAAGGCAUGAACUCAUCUGCUCCUCGCCCCUAG